AGCAUGUCCCCGGCCCUGCCUCUCUACGUCCUGCCAUUUCCUCUUCCCUCCUUCCUCCUGCAGCAGCUGUCGUGAGCCGUGGAGCGGCAGCUGCUGCGUGAUCGACGAUCCGUCGUCGCCGGCCGGCCGGGGAGAUCCCCUUCUUCCGAGGAGGAAAGGCAGCGGCCGCCGCAACAUUCGAGCCAACACACACACACCAUUGACGACAAAGCUCUUCGAUUAGAUUGUGGUAUACAUAGCGGGAUAUUGAUCACUGUAUUCGCUCACGGAAGCCAUGGGCAGCAAUGGCAAGGAGCACCGGCGAGUUGUUCCGCGCCCGCCGCCAUUGUCGCUCUACAUCGGGAGGGAGCAAGGCGAGGUCGCUGCGCCAGCGGCGAUGGCCGCAAGAAUGCUGCAGCAGCAGGUUGGCGGCACCACCAGCGGCGGCGGCAGGAGGAUUUUGUCCAAGCAGCUAUCCCUGAAGGAGACAACCCGGGAGGUGAAGUGGGAGAAGCGGCGGCGGCAGAUACAGCGGCGGCGGAGCAGCAUGGCGCUCCAGGACGCGGAUCAGGAAGAGGCGAGCAGCGGCGCCGCCGCCGCCAUGUUCGGCGCCGACGGCGCCGAUGCGGGGUCCGGCGGGGAGCGGGCGCCCAAGAGCCUGACUGACGAGGACCUCGACGAGCUGAAGGGGUCCAUGGAGCUCGGGUUCGGGUUCGACGAGGGGAGCGGCGGGCAGAACCUCUGUGACACGCUCCCGGCCCUCGACCUCUACUUCGCCGUCAACCGGCAGCUCUCGGAGCCCAGGAUGCGGCUGUCCACCAGCUCCUUGCCGUCGCCGACGUCGUCGUCGUCCACGCUCUGUGGAGGCGCGUCCAACCCGGGUAGCCCCGUCGCACCUUCGUCCUUCGUCGACUCCUGGAAGAUUUGCAGCCCAGGUGACAACCCUCAACUUGUGAAGACAAGGCUUAGGCACUGGGCACAAGUAGUGGCCUGUUCAGUGAAACACUCCAGCUGAUCAGUGCUGUGUAGCCACUCUCCAAAAAACCAUUAACAGUAAUAUGAUGUACAUCCCUGCAUGCAUUGGUUUGAUGGAGAAGGAGAAUGUAAUUAACCUUGUUGCUCUGAUGACGCCCAUGGAUUGCUGUGUUUAUACAUAUAGAUUUUAGUA